AUCAUGAGAAUCAGAAAGUCAGUAUUGGCAGGUUUAGCUGUUGCGCUUGUGUUAUCUGCUUACCUAGGGUUUGCCAAAAUAUCAUUACCACAUGAUAAACUCAUACAUUUCGUCACGUUCUUCCUGCUUUCACUGAUGUUUUAUUGGUUAUUUGAAACAUCAAGUACCAGGGCUGUACGAAAUUUAACAUUCAUCAUUUGUACUUUAACUGGUGGAAUAGGAUCAGAGUUUGUCCAGGGAUUACUACCUUAUCGUGACUUUGAUUUUAAAGAUAUAAUCGCCAAUGUGUUAGGCUCAUCAUCAGCAUUGGUCAUAUCAAUGGUCUACCAUAAAAAGAUUAUAGAACAAAGAAGACAACAACGUUACGACCAGUUAAGAAACUCAAUUCCACAAGAC